AUGGCUACUACGUCUGUGUUGGUGUAUCUGGUAAUAGUACUUGGCCUCAAGAAGUUUUACGAGAAAUAUCUGACUCGGAUUUCAUCAGCAUCCAAUCAGACUGGCAGUACACAGCCAAGUUCAGUCAUUUCGGCCACUACUGCUACUGCUACUACUAUUACUACUACUACCUCUACUACUACCUCAACCUCAACUUCAACUACGACCCUUCCUCCGAUUACCUCUCUACCUACCUGCGGCCAAACGUGUUUCAAUAAUAUGUUGGCUGAGUACGAGACUCUGGGGUGUAAUAGUGCAGACCCAUCUUGCCUCUGUGAGAAUAUUGACUUCUACUAUGGUAUUUGGGACUGCGUAAAUGAGGCCUGUGGAACUGCUGUUGCGAGCACUGUGAUUGCUUACGAGAGCGCUUACUAUGCUUCAGCCACUUCUACAGUCACUAUUCCGACGACCACUUCUCCUUCUAUCAUCACUACUACAUCGACAGGCACUGGAUCAGUACCAUCACCUGUGCAGACUGGUAUUGCAACAUAUUGUGAUAGUUAUUAUAAGGUCCAAAGUGGGGAUACUUGCGACAUUAUUGAGCAGACAUAUGAUAUCAGCGCAGCUGAUUUUCUGGCUUGGAACCCGGCUGUUGGCUCUAGCUGUAAAAACUUGGAGUUGAACGUCUAUGUCUGUAUUGGAAUAACAGGUAAAAAUUGA